GAAAGCGGGGGAAGGAGAGGGGGGACCAGGACAGAGCGUAGAGGUGCCGGGGGCGUGGGGCGAUAACUCAGCCAGCAGUCACCCCCUCCAUCAAAACCCAAGGCACCUCCCACCUUUAGUCCCGCUGCCCAGCCGGGACAAGGGGCGGAGUCUCGUCGGCGGGACUUGAGGUCACCCAGCUGCGCCCGCUCCCGGGCCCGCACGCCGCCCUCCCCCCCCCGGCACCUGCUCUCCGCCCCCCCCGCCCCCAGGCCGCCCCGAGUCCACUCCAGAUCCGGGCCGGGUUUCCUCCGCGCCACUAGGGUCUCCGCCCCUCGGAGCUGCGGCCCGUGCCCAGCAGAGCGUCGCUGCGGGAGGCAGCCCCCGAACCCCGAGCCUCCCGGAGCGCGCGCCCGCGUGCGGGACUGAGCCGCGACGCAGACCCCACACCCGCACUCCAACUCCGAGCUGGGACUGCUCCGGUCCCCGCGCGUCACCCGAACUCGACCCUCGGGGCUCCGAAGUGACCCCUCUCCCGGCACCGUUCGCUGUCCGCGUGGCCGGCCCGGCUCCGUGUCUCGGCAUCCCGGCCCGGGCUCCGCAUCCGGCGAGGUAGGGGGCCGCGGGCCUUGGGGGCUGGGGGCUGGCGUGCUCCUCCUCCACGGAAUGGGGGCAGCAGAAGGCCACAGCCCCCCAGGGCAAGACAGCCGCUGCGCCCCCUACAGCCCUACCCCUCCGGGUCCGGUGACCUAGAUAACUGGGACCGGGACUUUGCCUAGAUGUUCAAAGGCACUUUUCCGUCCGUCAUCCCUCCCCCCACCCCGUCGCCAUUGCGUUCCCACCUGUCCCCAGAGCCUGGCGCCCACGGGGACCCCUGCCAAGUAGGCAGCUUCCUUCGGAAGCUCUCCGCCUGCCGCCCCCACUCCUCACUCCUGGAAAGGGGCAGAGGAAAGAUUGGGGAAGACUCUCCAGGACAGCCCCCUAAUCCAUGGCUGUGGCCCUGGGGCAUCCCCCACCGCUCGUUGGUCUAUCUUCCUCAUCCCCUGCAUCUGCCCCAUUUCAUCUUGACUCCCCUGCCUCUGUUCCCGAGGUCUCUAUUCUCUUCCAGACUCUUUUUCUGGCUUUCUCCUCCCCUUGACCCCUUCCCCCUUCGCCCACCGUGGGGAGAAGGAGGUGUAUCGUUGCUUUCUAUUUAGGUCUCCCUGGGGAGGGCGUGCAGUGCUAGGACUUUUUUGGCAUCCGCUGGACCCCGAGUCACGAGGUGUCAUGUCUGUGUCUGGUAUCUGUGCCUCCUCCCACUCCUCUCUCCCAUCCUCUCCUGCCCCACACCUCCCUGUCCGCCUUUGUCUCCUUCCUGCCUCCCUUCCUGUCCUUUUUGCUCUCUUCUUUGGGCGCUUUGUGUAGCUUUGUCUUUGUCUCCGCCUCUCCGCUCUCUGCUCCCUCUGCUCCCUCUCCUCCCUCUUCCAGCUCCGAGAAGCUGUCGACCUCAAGGGCAUCAAAAUUUCAGGUCAUGUUCUUGUUAACAACAACAAAACAACCAAACCAACAUGAUCCCCCACAAAGUAGCUGAUAUAUGUGUCUCCUGGGAUGUUGGUUAAUGAGGCUUAAGGGUAAUGAAGUUGGAAGCUAGUUGUGCUGCCAGCUCAGAGGUCCCUAAGCCUGAAAAGGAGGCUGAGCCAGAUGCGGAGCCGUACUCAGACACCCGGCCACAGGAGGCGGCUGCCAAGUCCAGAUCUGGAUCCGGGCCUGAGGCUGAGACCAAGACCCUGGGGGCUGAAUCGGGGCCUGAGGCCAAGGCCAAGUCCUUGGGGGCCAACCCCAGGUCCGGAUGGGGGCCUGAGGAUAAGGCCGAGCCGUUGGACUUCGUGGGCACAGAACGGGAGUUUGAGGAGGUGCUGGCCAUCUCUGGGGGCGUCUACGGUGGCCUCGACUACCUUCUCAGCCUCUACCACAGCCGGCUCCGGGAUCCCGACGGCACCUUGGUGCUGGCCAAGCAUAACGGAGUGAUCGCGCUGGAGUCGGUGCACGUGAUCGACGCCCGGGAGACCGCGCUGGUGCGGGGGCUGCGCGUGGCGUCCUGGGAGCGCGGCAAGGGCGUGGCGCGACAGCACCCGGGGGUCAAGGUGGCAAGGUUCACCCGGGACGACCAGCUGGGCCCCCGGGAGCUGAAGAAAUACCGCCUAAUCACCAAGCAGAGGCGCUGGGCUCUCCAGGCCUCCGCGCCCACCCCGCGCUCACCCCUGAACCCCGCGGUGCUGCGGGUCUCUGGCACCUUCUCGCGGCUGCCCACCGAGGCCGUAUCGUCGGAGGCUGGUGGCGACGUGGCACGCCUCCUGCUGUCGCCCUCCGUGCAGCGCGACGAGCUUCCGGGCGGGACCGUCAUCCAGGACGGGCAGCCCUACCGGCCGAGGGAGAGCAACCCGCGCCUGCUGGCGGCCAAGGGCCUGGAGUGGCGCGUGCACAGCCGCGCGUGCCCGCGCGUGCUCACGCUGUGCACGCGCGCCUUCCCCAUCCCGCAGGGCGGUGACUGCACGUGGCGCUACCUCAACAUCAACGCCUUCGGCAGCGAUGGCGUGCAGGUGCAGAGCCAGCUUCUGUGGCACCUGCAGCGCUAGGCCCCGCGCCUCGCCGGCCUCAUCGUCCUGUGCCAGCUUUUCCUAGAGCCCCAGUUAUGGUCACAGCUGGCUGACUUCUGCCAGGCCGGCUUGGGGCUCGAGCUGGUCAAGGGUUAUACAGAGCAGUACCUGCUGGAGGCCGACAGCUAG